AUGGCUUCGUCCAGCUCCUCCAGCACCUCAGGCGGCCCCAUCGCCAGAGGAUCUCGAAGGAGGAGGCUCGUUCUGAAGCUGAGCCAGAAGGACACCCUGCAAGCGCUCUUUCAACAGAACCCCUACCCUGGGAUAGCGACCAGAGAACGACUGGCCCGAGAGCUUGGCAUUGCCGAAAGCAGAGUUCAGGUCUGGUUUCAGAACCAACGAAGAAGACGGUUAAAGCAGAGCCGAUCGCCGUCUGCAAAUAUGCGCCAAGACGGGGAAGGGGCGCCAGGAGAGGCCAGGAGAAAGAGGACAGCCAUCUCUCCUUCUCAAACAAGGAUCCUUGUGCAAGCCUUCACGAGGGAUCGCUUUCCAGGGAUUGCCGCCAGGGAAGAACUGGCUCGUCAGACGGGAAUCCCAGAACCUCGAAUCCAGAUAUGGUUUCAAAACCGAAGAGCUCGGCACCCCCAGCAGAGAGCAAGGGGGCCUGGCAAUGUCCGGGCCCGAGGACCAGGCGGCGCAUCGGCCACGACCGCUCCUGCUCCAGGGGACCGAAGGGCCCCACCCGCUGUCCACAGCACCUCUCCUCCCCUUGGCCCCUCUCAGACACAGGAGAGCAUGCCACCCUUGGCUGCAGCCGCUCCUUUGGGCGCCCCCACCUUCUGGGUGCCCGGGACUGCCUCUGGGGUCUACGAGCUCUUGGAGGCCACGGGCCUCGGGUCCUCGCAGGCGCCUUCCCCGGGGGCCGCUGCAGAUGCAGGAGCACACCCUGCCCUGCCAGGCACACCCAGCUUUCUAGGCCAGCUCUUGGAGGCCACGGAUAUUGCGGCCUCGCAGGCGCCUUCCCUGGGGCCCUAUGCAGAUGCAGGAGCACACCUCGCCCUCCCAGGCUCACCCAGCCUCCAAGAUGAGCUCCUGGCCGUCACAUGCAUCCCGGGCUCGCCGGGUCCUUCCCUGGGGUCCUCUCCUGUCAUCCCAGGGUACCAUCCAGCCCUCCCCGGGUCUCCCAGCCUCCUAGAGGAAAUCAUGGCUGCCUCGUCCAUCCAGGACACGCCCUGGUCUUCACCGCGGGCCGCUGCGGACGAAGAAGGAGUUGAGGCAAUCCUGGAGGCACCCCUCAGAGAGGAGGAUUACCAGGCACUCCUGGACAUGCUGCCAGGCUCCCCAGGCCCUCGGACUUAG